GCGUGAACUCCCUUAUAAAAGGCGACGCUCUGCGCAAGCGUGCUUCAGUUUCCGUCGGGGGGUUAGAGAGCAUUGUGCAGGAUGUCUCGCUACGGGCGGUACGGAGGCGAAGCAAAAGUGUAUGUUGGGAACCUUGGAACUGGUGCAGGAAAAGGGGAGCUUGAGCGUGCAUUUAGUUACUAUGGUCCCCUGCGUACAGUGUGGAUAGCAAGGAACCCACCUGGAUUUGCUUUUGUUGAGUUUGAGGACACAAGAGACGCUGAAGAUGCUGUUCGAGGACUGGACGGAAAGGUAAUCUGUGGAUCCAGAGUUCGCGUUGAGUUAUCGACAGGCAUGCCCCGACGAUCGCGAUAUGAUAGGCCACCAGCAAGACGUCCGUUUGACCCCAGUGAUCGUUGUUAUGAGUGCGGUGAAAAGGGUCAUUAUGCAUAUGAUUGCCAGAGGUAUAGCAGGCGCAGAAGGGGUAGCAGGUCUCGGUCUCGCUCUCACUCAAGAUCCCGAGGAAGGAGAUAUUCUCGUUCAAGAAGCAGGAGCCGUGGCAGAAGAUCCAGGUCUGCUACCCCUCGACGAUCAAGAUCAGUGACACCACGUCGAUCAAGAUCUGGUACCCCACGCAGAUCCAGAUCUGUGUCUGUUAAAAGAUCAAGGUCAAGAUCCAGGUCAAGAUCUAGGUCUGUGUCACGUCCCAGAAGCCGCUCAAAAUCAAGGUCUGCAUCUCCAAAACGAAGUGAUGUCAUAGUGUCUUGCAGUCGCUCACCAUCCAGAAGCCCCCAGAGGAGCAUUAGUCCAGAAAGGAAUGGAUAGAUGGCAUGAUUGUUUUGAAAGGAAUUUGUUAAUACAUUCAUUCUCCUUGUUAGAAUUCUGCCUUGGACAAUUUGGGUUUAUUUUAAACUUUGUUAAUUCACUUCAAUAGGCUAGUGUACAACGUAUGUUAUACCUUCAUCUGAAAGUGAAGCCUUUUUGUAUCUUGGGAUUAAAGUGUAAUUGUUAAUGAAUGUGUGGCUUGUCAAAGCUUGCAGGAGACUAUGACCAAGCUGCAUGAAUUAAAUAUUUUAAUGUAUCUGCCUGUAGAAGUUACAUGCUUGAUGCAGAUUUUGCUGUAUUUACGGUGUCCUUGCUCUUCCAGAGUGUUUGCACCCUUUUUUCAUGGAUUUUUUUUUCAUUCUGGUAAGAACAUUGCUCCUGUCACUUAUCCUAUACCAGAGUAUUGGAGAUUUUUGCCCACAGAGCUUUUACUGUUUUUUUUUUUUUUUUUUUUUUUGCAGAUGUGUUUAAACUU